AUGGGUUUGUCACCAAGUGUCCUCCUCACCGAAAAAGAUCUUGUUAAUUAUCAGGAAUUGACAUAUUUCAACAAACAAGAAAUUUUACAAGCUUAUCGAGUGUUCAGAAAUUUGAAAAAACAGAGCAUCAGGGAUAGAGGAGAGGAAUUGCAAAUUCCAGUUCAGAUGAUAAUGAACAUUCCAGAACUAAAAGUGAAUCCAUUUCGUGAUCGUCUCUGUUCUGUAUUCUCAAACAAUAGAGACUAUAUGAACUUUGAAGAAUUUCUUGACAUGAUGUCUGUGCUCAGCAGCAAUGCUCCCAAAGACUUGAAAGCCCAUUAUGCCUUCAAUGUCUAUGAUUUCAAUAAUGAUCAAAGACUCUGUGAGGAAGACCUGAUGCAGUUGUUGGAUCGUUUAACAUGUGGACUACCAAAUGACCCUUCUUGUUAUAUGGAGGGGAAAUUGUCAGACAAGGAAAAAAAGAAAAUUAUCAAAGAAAUUUUUGCUAUUGCUGAUUUGGACAGGGACCAAGAACUCAGUUUUUCUGAGUUUUGCCACAUCAUUGACAAAUCUCCAGAUUUUAUAACGUCAUUUAUCAUCCAUCUGUAA